GUCCAGACGGCGCAUAUAAUCGCGAGUAACGCACGCGGUGCGCCGGCGCCAUGAUCCUCGCAAAGGGCCUGUUAUACGUGCUAUUCGCUGUUGCCGUUUGCGCAAAAAAGGAGCGCCACAAAAAGCCUUUGGCAACCAAGAAGGGCACCAAGCUAAUACCGGCCGCAACGAAGGGCCUGCUAUGCUACAACUGCUUGUCCUACGACCACAAGGGCUGCUGGGACCCUGACCAUCCGGAUAAUGGCAACAUUACGGUACCGAACAUUGACUGCUACAUACCCGGCAUGGCGUUUUUAUGUUUGGCCAUCACUGCGGAGUCAGCGAAACUAGUGGAGACCGGCACAGAAAUCGGCCCAGUACGGGCCCGAACCUGCGUCCCCGCGAAAGACUUCAGCAAGAACUCAGUCUCGCACUCCAUGUGCAACAAACUGGGGAAGGAGCUUGCGGCCUCCGAGAUAUUUUCGAGGAUCUCGAUCUCUAGGCCUCGCUGUACGUUGUGUAACAAACAUCUAUGUGCCUCUGUUUGCUAGGUUAUCAUGUAAA